AUGAAGCUUCCUCCGGCGGUUGUGUGGCUUCUCCUCGUCGUGCUAUUCUUCGAUGCCGCUCGCGUGGAGGCUCGAGGCACACCGUCCGCGGAGGAAUCGAAGAACCAGUGGACCAGCAUGUUCGUCUUCGGCGACGACUUCGCGGACAACGGCAACCUCCCUAAGCUGCCUGGUGGUCAUUCCCAGUCCGAUCUCUCGCGUCAGUGGAUCUACCCGUACGGCUCUUAUAUCAACUCCCGUGGGUCUGCGGCUGCCGUUCCAACCGGCCGCUUCUCCAACAACAAGAUUCAGUCUGAUUUUAUCGCAAGGAUCUUGGGCCUCAAUGCAGCCCCUCCGGCGUACAUGCACACACUAGACCAGUCUUGUGAUCCGACUGGCAUGACCUUCGCUUCCGGUGGCGCCGGCGUGUUCCAGAAGAAGGUGCCAACUCUUGCCGCACAGGUCAAAUCUUUCAUGAGGCUAAUCAAGAGCGGAAUCAUCUCGAAAGAACAGCUUCGCCACUCCGUCGCGCUUGUCGCCAUCUCCGGCAACGACUACAUGAGCGGCGCCGACGUCAAGAACUCUUUCUUGAGCAGCUUCGACGACAUCGAUACUUACAUUGGGAACGUGACGACAGAGAUUGUGAAGAACGUCGAGCAGCUGCAAAAAAUGGGUGUGAAAAAGGUGCUAGUGAACAACAUGCUUCCCAUCGGUUGCACGCCUUUGAGGACUAGCCCGAACAACUACACCGCAUGUGACAUUCUCGGCAACUACGCCGCGUCCGUGCAUAACAAAAAUCUAAAGCAGUUGAUGGACAAGAAGAAUAACGCCUACAUGCUGGACCUCUACACUGCCUUCACCGACAUCAUCAAUCAUGCCCCCGUUGAAGGGUCGGAUCAGUCCAACAACAAGUUCAACAACAACCUGGCCCCAUGUUGCGAGGGUUUCUAUGAUACCGGGUUCUGUGGACAGCAGGGCGAUACAGGGGAGCCCCUCUACGAAUUAUGCGAAAAUCCCGACCAGCUCUUCUACUGGGACGAGGUGCAUCCGACACAUGCUGGAUGGAAAGCAGUGAUGAAGGCGCUAGAACAACCUCUCAAGGAGUUCCUAGAUCGGGACUAUGUUGCAUGA